AAUAAAUGUCCCAAAUUAGUGUUAUUUUCGUGUUACUAAUGUUAAACCACAAUUGGUUUGCUUAUUGUCGCCAUCUGCUGGAGAGACGGAGAAUAACACCAUGCAUCUGAACUGAUAUGGUUGCUCCCGAAAGGGCUUGUGACGUUCGCAGGUCAAUAAAUGAAAGUACGAAACAAAGGUUUGCAGUAUGCCGUUUCAGUCAUUUGCUAUUCUUGGAUAGAAGCUUUGCAGCAGAAGCAAGAGCAGCGUGGAGAGGAAGAAGAAAAAACAGAAAACGAUGAGGUCCAGCAUUUCCAAAAAUGCAGUGGCAAAGUUAGAAUAUGAUAUCUGCGAGCUCCUGCGUGACCUGAACAACUAUGCUUUCUGUGACCAGCCCACCCACUGCAUCAGAGCGGGAGUCCUGAGCUACCACCGCGAGUCUGACAACCCGCGACUUUCCAUCACAGCUGCACAUUUGGAGCCUCCAUUUGAGUGUCCGAGAAAAUGUGAAUACUGCCACAGAACCGCCAGGCCCGUCCUGGAUGUGAGAUGGGAAGACGAGCUGGAGGUGAGACAGAAUGGACGCGGGUGUUCUUACCGUAAAAGUGCCUUUGGGCAAAGCUCAUGGUCGACCGUGUGUGUGUGUGUGUGUGCCCCCCCCGACUCUACUCAGGCGGUGCCAAGCUAUUGCUGCUCCCAGCGCAGGAGGCUAUGCAUGGCCCUGGUGAGGAAAAGGCCUUCGGUGAAGGACGAACUGGACGAGGACUUGCACAGGCGGGAAGACAAAGCCGUAGAGGCGCUGCUCAGCGGCAGAGAGAAAAAGAACGCUCAAAAUUUUAGUGACCUUUCACGUGGACUGAUGGAACUGGCGGGGUUAAAGAGAGACGACGACGCCUCCCAACAGGAACCUUCCUCAGAGGCCAAAAUCCUCAGCUUCCGGCUGGGCGGUUCUGCGGAAGAGGGCGGCUGGACGCUCAAGAAUAUCGCGGAGAAUGUCGUGCAACUGAAAAAGGAAGAGGCCAGAGAGUCCGUUUGCGACCACAAGCCGCCCCUGUUUGGCAUCUGUCAUCAAAAGGAUGGAGAAUUCCACCAGAAAUUUUACAUGGAUGGCAGGACUUUUCUCAACCUGUUCCCAGAUGGCUCAGCUCAGCUCUAUUACCCGGGAGACCUCUUGGCCAUCGUCUUCGUCGUGACCAAAAAGAAGGAAAGGGUUUGCAUCGUGUACGACAACAACCAGACACCCCCGAGAGCCAUCCGAGCAAUCUUCCAGGCUAACGGCAAGGGAACAUGUUACCACGGCAACGGAAACAUAUGGUUGAGCCUAAAUAGUUCCGGUGGUCAGUGUUUAGAUGAGACGGGUGCCAGGAUCCGUCGCUGGAGCUGGAAAACGCUUCCGCCCCCUCACCUGCCUCCUCUCUUCUUGUCCCUCAAUAAGCACAUCGGGGUGCGGGUCCUGGGGAAGGAUCAAAUUUUUGUCUCCUUCCUGGCUCACGGUCAACAGGCACGGUGUAGCGUGGGUAGCUGCAGCGCUCAGUGUAAAUGCACAAGAGAGACGCCCGCGGGCGAACCUUCGCUGCUCAAAGACGAGCUGUUCGUGCUGGCCGCUCGGGUGAAGAUCCACCUGUGUAUCCAGCAUCUCAACUGGAGUCUUCUGACACCUCUGCACCAGAAGAGCACGCCGGCCCAAAGCAUCCGCGUCUUCGGCAAAAAGCUCCUGGAGGUCAGCACCAACGUACUGAUGAGCCAGCACGAACGCGCCUUCAUCAGGGGCUGCCUCCAGGACUGUCUCUAAUGGAAUAAGACCACCCCCGACUGCUUCAUCGUCACAAGAGGUUUUUAAUUCAUUGUAUCAACUCAUUCCAAGUUAUGCAAAUAUAAAAAUUACUCAGAAAUCAUGGCAAAAAAAAAAAAAAAACAA